GCGUGAAGUUCGGAUGUAGCGCGGCUAAUACAUGUCAACAUGUCACUUCUCAGAGUUAGUACUGCCGCAAAAUGUUUACACCACUGGGUUUUCGUCGGAAGGCGAGCUGCAUUUGUGGACAGUUGUCAACGUUGUUUGUGGAUCCGGAAUGGUGGAGUGAGACGAAUAUCAGAGACACCGUUACAAAGACAACAAAGCAAGGUCUCCUUUUCAUACCCACGGACAGAUGAUACAAAGAAAAGAGUCCUGGAGCAAUCUCAGCUUUUAGAUGUGCUUGAAGCCAGGAUACAUCAACUUCAAACCGACGUCGUUCUAGAUGUCCAACAAACCAACGUGCAAUUUGUUCAAGCUCGCUCUUCUGGGAGAAGUUUGCCCACUGGGAGAUCUUCUAAACACCCGGCUCAAGAGAAGGCUGACAUUCCCAAAUCAGGGCUGACCGCUGGGAAGGACUGCUCUAAAUUGCAGCCCAGCCGCUGGAUAGAAAAGUUGUCUAAGGAAAAGAAAAACAAACUUAGGAAACAGCAGCACAUCCAACAGAAAGGACCAAAGAAGGUCAAGGAGAAACCAGCAGUGCCAGAUCCUGUUGUAGAAAAGAAGUCGCUAUUACCAGGUACAAGCCAUAAAAACAUAUCUUUUAAAGCUAAUAAGAUGGCUCCCUCUGCGAAGAAAAGCAAAAACAGCAUGAAACUGGCCGAUCAAAUACGUGCUGCUGUGUCCUCGAAACGCACGCCUUCAUCUGUGGUAAGGGCAGCUGCUACGCCACAGGAGACGUCAUCCAAAGGGAACUGGAAAGACUCUAAAAAGCAGGCUUCAGUUGGACAAGAUAAAAAACAGGCUUCUAAUCCUACAUUCACCCCUGAGGAGCAGUCGAAAUUAGAGGAACUGCAGAGAAGGCUGAAUGUGCAAGAGACUCUGCUGCCAUCUUCCUGUGCGACCAAUCCUGAGGCAGAUAAAGGAACAGCAUACUUGGAGAUCCAGUCUAACAUCCGCUCUUAUCUGGAGGCAUGUGUCUUUUUGGGGGACGUUGAGCGGGCAAGCAGUUUCCUGCUGAGCCAGCACAGAGUUUUGAGUCGACGGAAGCAUCUUGACACCAGUAUCUACAACAUCAUGAUGAAGGUCUGGGCCAAGAAGGGAACAUUGAACCAUAUUGGUCGUCUCUUUAUUCUGCUGGAGGAAGCCGGUCUCAAGCCUGAUCUAGGAUCAUACAGUGCUGCUCUGGAGUGCAUGGGUCGUAACCCUGACUUCUCUCAACGGGUUAUCACCAGGUGUCUGACCCAAAUGGAGGAAGACGGACUGUCUCUGGAUAAUCUUUUCAGCAAGUGUGUCUUCUGGCAGGAUGAAAGAGACAUGGUCAUGAAAGCCAUUCGCGCCGUCAAACCAGAUUAUCAGCCUAGUCACAACGUCACCACCAGCAAUUCUCCUCCAUCACUAAUUGAGGAUUUCUAUCUGAAGAGAGAUAACCACCAGUACCCAAAGCUGGACUUCACACAGGCAGAGCUCCAAGAGCGUUUUCAGCUUCAGCUCGACAUGGAAGAGUCCUGCACAGUCACAAUUGACUCUGUGGAGGUUUCCAAGCAAGUCACUGAAAAUAUGACCAAAAUGAGGGAGCUGCUGGCUGAGCAGAGGGUGCAGUGGCAAAAGGUUCUGCUUCAAGCUUUCAGGGAAAGCAAAAUGAUCCUGGCCAAAGCCAACACCAGGGACUAUAAACUGAAUAUUUACCCGUAUCUGUGCCUGCUGGAGGAUAGAGAGUAUGUUAACAUCAUGAUUCAGAGUGUCACCAGUCUGCCCCCUAGCGGAGAGUCCCUGAAGAUUUUAGCCAGAGAUCUGGGCAACAGAGUCUUCACCAAAUACGCUGUCCAGCAGAAGCAUCAAAAUCAGACUGUGAAAAAGUUGAACACCGUCUACAGCAGUUACACGGAACUGUUGGCCAAGGAUACCAAGACGUUCAACCUCCUACCCAGAGAACUUUGGUGCAGGCUUGAGCAGGAGCAAAGUUUUGGACCCACGCUGCAGGGAUGUGAGAGCCACUGGUCAUUUGUGGUCACUCUGGACCUGGGUACUUAUUUGGUGGAUUUGAUGGUCAAGAACCUGAAAAUUGAUAGCGACAUUCUGAACCCAAGCUUUGAGAAGAAGAGCAUUCCCAUCCUUUACCACAUGUACACAUUUCGCAGCACCCGACAGGUCGGGUUCAUCAAACCUCACCCUAUCCUGACUCAGAUGCAGCAGGACGCCAUGGAGACCAAGUUGACCUUUGACUCCUACAUGAUGCCAAUGCUUUGCCCUCCUGUGCCGUGGACUUCAGUCAAGUUUGGAGCCUACCUUUUGACACCGACUAAACUGAUGCGCUCAACGGAUGGUGCCACGCAACACGAGGUGUUAUUGGAGAAUUGCCAGAACAUCGAUGCGGUUCUGGACUCGCUCAACCAGCUCGGAAACUGUGCCUGGCAGAUCAACAAGCCCAUUCUGGAUAUUAUUAUUUCAAUAUUUAAUGAUCGAGGAAGUGAAAAACUUGACAUCCCACCUCCCAUGUCUGAAGCUCCCAAAAUACCUCAGUUCAACAGCCACAAUUCCUCUUACACGUCGAGUGAGAAGGCGCACAUGAAAAGGGAAGUCCUGAGUGCCAAGAAGAAAUGUGGUGAGAUGCACAGUCUGCGAAUGGAUGCACUUUAUAAACUCUCUAUUGCCAAUCAUGUCAGAGACAAAAUCUUCUGGUUCCCUCACAACAUGGACUUCAGGGGACGGACAUACCCUUGCCCCCCGUACUUCAAUCACCUGGGAAGUGAUGUGACCAGGGCCAUUCUGGUGUUUGCUGAGGGGAAGCCCCUCGGUCCCAAGGGGCUGGACUGGCUGAAAAUCCACUUAGUUAACCUGACAGGGUUGAAGAAGAGGAAUUCACUACAAGAAAGACUGGAGUAUGCCAACACCAUCAUGGAGGACAUACUGGACUCUGCAGACAAACCAUUGGAUGGAAGAAAAUGGUGGAUGAAUGCAGAUGAACCCUGGCAGGCUCUGGCUUGCUGCAUGGAGAUCGCCAAUGCAGCGAGAUCUCCUGACCCUGAAAACUUUGUGUCACAUUUUCCAGUUCAUCAGGACGGCUCGUGUAAUGGUCUCCAGCACUACGCUGCUCUGGGCAGAGAUGUUAUUGGGGCCACAUCAGUCAACCUUGUGCCCUGCGAUGUGCCCCAGGAUGUGUAUAGCGGUGUAGCCCAGCAGGUGGAGGAAUUCCGUGCUCAGGAUGCACAGACCGGUCUAAGGAUUGCUCAAGUCCUCGAGGGCUUCAUCAGCAGGAAGGUGGUCAAACAGACUGUGAUGACUGUGGUGUAUGGGGUCACGCGCUACGGAGGGCGGCUGCAGAUCGAGAAAAGGCUGAAGGAGAUUGAUGAGUUCCCGAAGGAGUUUGUCUGGGAUGCAUCUCACUACCUGGUGCGUUUGGUCUUCAGCAGCUUAAAGUCCAUGUUUAAAGGCACCAGAGAAAUCCAGGACUGGCUGACCGAGAGUGCCAGGCUCAUCUCCAAGUCUGGCCACACUGUGGAGUGGGUGACACCUUUGGGGUUACCCAUCAUCCAGCCUUAUCACCGCGCACGCAACCAAGUGCUGAAGAGUAACAUGCAACACAUCAACCUCCAGAUCACACACGACACCAAAGAGAGACCCGACACGGUGAAGCAGAAGAACGCCUUCCCUCCAAACUUCAUCCACUCACUGGACUCCACGCACAUGAUGUUGACCGCCCUCCAUUGUUACAGUUUUGGUUUGACGUUCGUCUCGGUCCACGACUGUUUCUGGACUCACGCUCUCACUGUUGACACCAUGAACAAGGUCUGCAGAGAGCAGUUUGUCGCACUGCAUAGUCAGCCAAUUCUGCAAGAGCUGUCCAACUUCCUGCUCCACAAGUACUGCACCGGGCUCCCGAUGGAUGUGAAGAACAAGAAGUAUCAGGAGUACAGGCGGCUGAUGCUGCUGCUGGCCAACGUGCCUCAGAGAGGGGACUUUGAUCUCCAGCAGGUGAAAGAAUCCACUUACUUCUUCAGCUGAGACUCGCAUGACAACACGUCGGAGGGCGGAGUGGAAUUGACAGAGCCCAGCGGGGGACGCUGUCGGACUGGUCUCCGCAGGUUUUUUGUCUCAGCUGGACGUCACUUGAUCGAUCCGAGAGCGACUCCAGGUCCACUCUGACUGGAUCUGCCUGAUUCAACCAUGACUGUGAGGAAGACACGAGCGGCUGGUGGAUAGAAGCACUUAAAUCACUGAAGACUCAACUAGAUGUUGGUGUGCGAGAGCUGAAAUGAGCCUCAUUAUCGCGCAGCAAUUCCGCUCGAUAACAUCUUGAAGCUGGGGAGUGUGAUUUCUGCUGACUAGUGUGAGAGUGUGCAGGGCUGCAGCCUCAGACCGGGAUAUCCUGCUCAUGACUGGCUGCCUUCCCACCUCACAUCUCUCGGAGGAGGCUGCGAUUCACUCUGACACCUCGGUUUUUCCGUUAAGACUUUUGUAAAACUAUGUCAAGGGAGUCGCACAGUAGCGAGUCAUGAGUCUGUGACUAGAUGUUCUCUUCAUCAUGGAGACUAUUAAGAAAUGUACGCUGUCAAUCAUGGCAAGUCCUUAUCUAUUACAUUUUAAUACAUGCACUGAAAUUAUGUAUAUAUACCUUUCACGGUCUCAAAGUGUCAUUUGUCAUUUUUAACCCCUUUUUUUUUAACCAUCUCAGCUGCUGCACUCUGCUUUUGUGUGAAUGUAACUAAACCUGAGGCAGGGUGCAGUGGACGCAGUUUGAUGAUCCACAUUGUCAUCUAAAACAAGGGUUCUUAAGCUUUUUGAUAUCGGGGUCCACCUUUCCCAGAAAAAACGGACCGCUUGAAUUCAUUUGUGAUCAAUAACCAUAUUUAAUCUCCUUAUACGUAAACAAAUCUCUUGUGAAAUGACAUGUGAUCAUCAAAAAGCCCAACCAGCAGCAGAACCAGCUGCAAGGCUUAGUCAUCAAAUUUACUAAAGAAAAAAAAUAUGCAAACUGAUCAGAAAAUUGGAAAAAGAAAGAAAAUUCUGAAUAAAAUAAAUAUAAUAAAACCGUGUCUAAAUAUUAUAAAAUUAAAAUCAUACAUUUUAUUUAAACCCCAAAGAAGAUAUAAGUGAAAUGUAAAUAAAAGUAUGGCCAUAAAAUGGUUUAUAAUAAAUAUAUAUAAAAUUAAAUUAAUUUUCAAAACUGCUUCAACAGGUGCUUUCAUUAACAGUUUUUACUGUUGGGGCCGCCAUCACUUCAUUAUCAUUUUUCUUUUGAAAAACUUUCAGUGACACACUACUGCCACCAUACGUGGCUUGUGUAUUAAAACUGAGCGUCUCACGGCCCAAAGGGGUGAAACUAAAAAACUUUUAGCGGCCCAACCAUGGGCCCCGGCUCUAUGGUUAAGAAUCACUGGUCUAAACAAUACACCUUUGAAAGCAAUACCA